AUGAGCUGCGAUCGAGAAUUUAUUGACUAUGACUCUCAUAUGGCCUCAUCAUUGGGAUAUCCACUACCUCAAGAUUCUUUGGAAAUGUAUCAUCAUCAACAAAAUGUCCCUCCCCAAUAUAUGCACCAUCAUCGAGCACCGAUGCAGCAACACCAAAUUCCAGUGCAGCAGCAUCAAGUUCCGACACAACAUCAUCAAGUUCCAACACAACAUCAUCAAGUUCCAACACAACAUCAGCAGAUUACAAUUCAGCGGCAUCAGAUUCCAAUUCAAGGGCAUCAAAUAACAAUUCAGAGGCAUCCGAUUCCAAUUCAGAGGCAUCAAGUUUCGAUACAGAGACAUCAAGUACCAACUGUUGUGAAAUCUCAAAUCUACCAGGUGCCUACUCAGCAACAUCAAAUUCCUGGUCAACAGAUAAGAUAUCCGAAUCCAAAUCAACCUGGUGCUAACAAUGCCCAAACGGAACCUCCUCCUUUAAAUUACCUUAAUAGAAUGUCGGGCAUGUCAAUAAAUGUGAAUCAAAAUAGACCGUAUAUGCAUCCUCAAUAUCGUGCACAGCAAAUGCAUUUACAGCAGCAAGAACAUCACAGACGUCAUCAACAAAUGCUUCAACAAAAUAUGAUGAAUAUGCAGAGUCAUAUGGGUCCGAGACCGCAACUUAGAAUGUCUACACCACCAAUGGUUGUUUCACCAUCAGGACGUCAAGUUCCAAUUCAACAACAACAUAGACCAACACAACAAGCCACACAAUGGCGGUUUCAUAAUGUACGAUCAUUAGCACCUAUUUGGAAUAAUUUUAGCGAAAGUACGCCACCUCCACUAAUGCCGCUUGAAUGUCAUUUAACAGAAUCAGCUACACCUACACCUAAUUCCAUUAAUGAAGAAGGAGUGGACGAUUUUAACGAUUUUGAUGUUACUGAUUUAUUAAGAUUAACACUUGGCGAUGAAAAUGAGUUUAAUGAGCAUAAUUCAAGAAAAAGGAAAGGGUCAAGAUCAUCAGGUGAAUAUAGUCCAACAAAGAAGCAUAGAAGGACAAAAGCAGACAUAAUUGCAGAUCGUAAUGAAAUGCUGCUAGAUCAAUGCAGAGAGUUUUACAUUCCACUUCAUAACAACAACUAUCCUGAUCAUGUCCGAAUUUUUGGCAAGAACAUUUUGCGUGAGAACUUGCCAAAUGUACCAAAUAUGAAGCUAGUUCCAAAGAAUAUUGAUUUUUAUCGAAUAAGAAACCUUGGCUAUCUCGUAACAAAAAAAGGAAUUUGUUUUUCAUGUCUAACGGAUGAAUGUAAAUUUAAGUCAUAUGAAUUAGAUAGAUUUAAGGAACAUCUCAAUACAUAUCAUCAUAUUGAAGGAUGUGGCUCAAGAGAAGGCUAUUGUAAACUUUGUGAGAAGCAUUGUUGUGGAUUCAGUUUGACUGAUGAAGUUGAACACAUAUUAAGUACACAUGUGAAGUCAGUUGAUAAGCAUCCAAUGCAUCAGAUUUUGAAAUCACAAAUUAGGAAACAAUCCAGCUUUCAAAAGCCACUAGAGGAUUUUCAGGAGGACACAAGCAAUAUUUUACAUAAUAUGGAGGAUGAUCUGAUUAGAAGAUGUGAAGCAAACAAAAAUAUGAAUCUGAAUGACACUACAACCUCAAUUGAAAGUGAUUCGAUUGGACCAAAAGUAAAGAAGAAAGGAACUAGAAGCAAUUUAUUAAAUUACAGCAUAGAUGAAGACUAUAAUCCAGACCUAGAAAACGACGAGGUUGAUGAAGAAAUAGAAAGCGAAUUUGAAGAAACAUUAGAUGACCUGGAAAAUGACUCUGAGCCUGACAUUAACGAAUUUAUCCAAUUAUCAGACGAAGAUGACGAAGAAGAAGAAGGAGACAUUAUCUUUGCUGAUACAGAAAGUGAGUCAGAAGAAUCAAAAACUGAUAAGGAAAACUCUGAAGUUCCUACAACAGAAAGUUCGACAAAAAACGAGAUGUCAGCAAAAAAUGAAGAACCAGUGGUGCCUCCUGAACCUCCUGAAUUAGAUGAUAUUCCAUUAUACAUGCUUAAUAGAAUAAAGAUGCAUCAAUCCAUUAAAGGUUUAAAUGAUGAAUCAGUAGACUCAAAACUAGAUGAUAGUAUUGUAGAAGCAUUUGAGGAAUUAAUGAAGGCAGAAAAUCAGGAAAUAUCUCUAAAACAGAAGAAAAGGAAGCGAAAGAAAACAUAUUUUGCAAGAAAGAGAACUUCAACACCCUUUGCGCCUAGAUUAAAUAAAGUUUACAAUGUUGAAUCAGUAAAGGAACUUCCUUCAUGUCGAGUAAUGUUGAAGAGAAUAGAAAAUGCACGAGAAUCAGAAAACACAAGUAUUGAAGAUACAGAGAUUAAAGAACAUGAAGGUUUUGCAGUUCCUAUCAACCUACCAACACCUCCAUCGAGUGAAAACUCACGAGAUUCACUUCCUAGUCCUCCAUUAAACAAAAGACCUUCAAAUGCACAAAUACAAAAAGAUAUAGAUAAUGAUUCAGGUCUGAGUGAUCAUUCAAUUAGCAACAAAAGUGUGAUAAAUGAAGACAGCAAUGAGAAAGUUAUGAAUGAACAAAUCGGUCAACUGACAGAUUCUAAUAAGAAUAAUCCUGACGAUGAAUCAGAAGUGCAAGAUGGAAAUUUGAGAUUCACAAGAAAUAAAUUUAGACAAAAACGAGAAUUUAUCCUCAAUGUGUCAACAGAGAAGAUGAAAACAAGACAUAGUAUCAAUUUGCAAAAAGAGGCAGUCAAUAGUGUGGGAAUGUCUGUUGAUGACAAAGAAAAUUCUGGGAAUAAGUCAACAAAUAUUGAAAACUUAAAAGUUUUAGAGUCUCCAAAAAAUACCCAAUCUCCGUCAAAACGACCUAGGGCUGUAAAGAAGCAGAGAUUUAUUAAGAAAUUCCAUAAAAUUGACAGCUUCUUCCAAAAAACAGAACCUGAAGAUACCGAAGAAAAUAAUGAGAAUGAGGUCAUUGAGAUACACGAGUCACCGGAUAUUUUGCCUUUAGAUAAUUCCACAGAAAACCUCUGUAAUAAAACCUUGACUGACCUCUCGAUAGAAGCCACAGAUACAGUAAAAAAAUCUACAGAAAUAAAAAAAACAAGCUUAUCUUUCGUAAUUGACGAUGUCAUGUCGAUAUCACAGCAAGAAGAUGAAAAUGAAUUAAUUACAUUAGAGCAAUUAUAUCCGUGGAUAGAUACAGGCAUUACUAAAUUAGUUCAAAAGUCAAGAAAAGCUGUAGACACUUUUCAAGAAGAACAGACUAAAUUUUCUACUUUUAAAUGUAUGAAACAGAAAUGCAGCUUCUUUACAACAGAUUUUGAGAAAUACAAGACACACACUGAGUCUUACGAUGACGGACACAAUUUCUGUUCAUUUUGCCUUUAUAACAGUUCAACCAGUCAAGAGCUAUUUGAGCACAUAGAGAGUAACCACAUGUAUGACAGAUAUCAAUGCAAUAUGUGCAUGUACCGGGCGUCUGAGAAAGCUUACGUUGAAUGGCAUCAAAAAAGGUUUCAUACUUGUUCGAGUUGCAAAAUUCUGAAGUCUCCGACGCAAAUUUUAAUGAAAAGUAUGAGAAUUAAAGUUCAAGAGGGACUGGAGAGUGUGAAUCGCAGGAAGUUUGUGCAUCCAUAUGUUUGUAAAACUCCCGGAUGUGAUAAGCAAUUCUACAACAAAAACAACUACAAGAAUCAUCUAAAGCAAGAAUCAGACAAUCAAAGCCUGUCACAGCACAUUGAUGAAAUCUGUUAUCAACUUUUGUUGUUGGACCAAACUAGAAAUACGACAAAUAAGGAAGGCAACAAUCAAUGCUUGCAUUGUGAAUAUGGAAGUGACAAUAAUAAUGAGAUCAACAAACACAUGACAGAUAAUCACCCAAGUCAGUUAGGCUUCAUAUGUCGACGUAUAGCCAAAGCUGAAACAAAAGAUAAUGAUGAAGAAACCAUAGAGAAUCAAACACGUGUCGAAUAUAUAGGAAUAAGCUCGUUUAAAGUGAAAAUAUACAAAGAAAAUGUUGAAAACUUAACAGCUGCAGAUGUAGUUUGCCCAGGUGAUGGCGAAAAAGUUCAAAACAAGUUGAAUGACUCAGUUGAAAUUAUAAAUGACACAAUUGUUGAGAUUAAUAAUGAUAAGCAAGAAAGUCCGAACACAUCAGCAUUUCCAAUCAUCAGUGAAAUAAUUCACAUUGACAACUUUUGA